UAAUUUAUUUCUGUGGUCAAAGAGUCCUUUGAUGCAAAGGUUUAUCGACGUUAGUUUACAAAUAUAUAACUGAUUAUUUUAUGCGGGGCAUUUGCUUUGAAAGCAACAAAUAUCCUUUAAUUGAAUUGUCAAACAAAUUUUCCUGACGCUGCCUCAAAUACGUAUCGGAUGUAUAUUUAGUGAAUUUCGAUACCCCAGUGUGGCUACUAGUUUAUAGAGUGCAAAUGACGCAUCAUACUCAAUAUACGGUUACAUUUAUUAAAGUGAAAUCCAACGUGUAAAUAGCAGCAUAUUUUACAAUAGCAUAUUCAAGACACAUGUAUGAUGGAAGUUUCGAAGGAAAAUAAUUCGGAGAAGAUCUCGUCCGAACCAGAAACCAAUGGUGAAAAGACAUCAGAGAAUGAAGAAAUAAUUACUGAGGAAGUUGUUGAAGAAGAAAUCAUUGACAAGAAUAGUGGGAAAGAUGAAGCCGAACCCGAAGAAACUGUUAACGAUAAAACGAAUGAAAAUGUUAGCGAGGACACAAAUGAAAUGCAUGAUGAGAUGAACGAUUCUGAAAAUAAAACUGAGAAGAAAAAUCUCAAACGGAAACUCAGUGAUGUCCUUAAGGAAGUGAAAACAGAACCAAAUGAUAUUGACGAACCUGUGGAUCCACCAAAGGAAAUCAUAGAAGAUGAAAAUCCCCAGAAAAAAAUUCGAAAAGAGGAGAAAGAUCCCAUUAUGAGCAUACCUGUAAAUGAUGUAUUUGGGAAAGGAAAGCGAGCCAGGAUUCCAAACAAGCGUUACAGUGAUAUAGCCAUUUCUCCUUCAGUAAAAACAUCCAAAUCAUUCACUGAAAAUGGAGAAAGAGAAAAAAGCACAAUCAUAGAAAGGAUAGAACCUGAAUUAUCAGAUAUAAGUAGCCCUAUACCCAAAAGGGUAAAAACAAGCUCAAUAGAUAUGGGAAAUCCCAACUUCCUAAAACCAUUCAAGAUUGGUUGGAAGCGUGAAUUAGUAUGGAGAUCUAUCGGAGGGGAUAUUGCAGGGAAGAGAAAUGGUGAUAUUUAUUACUAUUCACCUGAGGGAAAAAAGUUGAGGUCUAUGAGGGAGGUUGCGGAACAUUUGGAUCACACCAAUAGCGAACUUUCUAUUGAAGAUUUCACAUUUUUCAAAGAACCUUUAGGUGUGAAUGAUCCAGAAAAAGAAGUGAUUAGAGAUGCCAAAAUUAAGUCUGGGGGUGCCAAUACACCAGCAGUAAAGAAGGCAGCAGCUUUGAAACUCAAGAAAAUAUCAAGUCCUAAAGUUGCUAGUCCAAAAUUAACGAACGCUAAAGUAUUGAGUCCCAAACUUGAAACAUCGUCUACACCAAAAAUUGCAUCUCCUAAACUAAACUCAUCGAAAGCUGAUAGUGUAGAAGAUGUAAAAUCGAAAUCAUCGAAAGCAGCUUCUUCAACCACCAAAACUACGAACUCCUCGGAUAGCGGAAAUGAAGGAAAAAAUACCAAAUCCCCUCCAUUGAAGGUGAAAUUGAAUGCCAAAUCGAAAACUGAAAAAAAACAGACGGCUCAGAAUAAGCAGGUAUCAUCAGUAAGUGAAGAGACGUCUCCGAUGGUUGGUAAGAAAGCAACACCAAGAAAAUCUAACAAAUGGUCUCAAAACUCUGGUAGCAGCGUCGAUAUUCCAAACAAGCCGUGUCAGCCUUGUUCGAUAAGAUGCCCAGGUGUCCAGGGUUUCGUGCCGACGUUACAGUGUCGCGUAUGUCUAUGUUUGUACCACAACGAAUGCGUUGGUAUGCUGGCCAACAUAAACAUACCGAACUACGUAUGCAAGAAUUGCCAGCUCGAACAGGGGGGUCAAAAUAUGUCGACCGGUAUAGCGCCGCCACCUCUCACGCCAAUCACAGCCCUGCAAUCCGUCACCGCCCAGCCGACGGCGUUGCCGAAGCUGCAGAGAAUACCGAAAAGUCCGGAGGCCGACGCCGAUCCGACCGUAGUCGCCCCUACGGUCGACCAAGACGAAGAACAGGCCGACAGGGCGGCGGAAACGGCCGAAAAUUCCAGCAUCCUCGGACACGUCACCUCCUGGCUACCCCAGAACUCUAGGAUACAGGUCGACAGUCAGCAGAGGUGCCCGAACGAACUCUCCGGACCGGCCAGGCCGCAGUACGUCGAAUAUCUGGCCGGCAGGAAAUUCCUGAUCAUACCGAAGUAUAACAUCGUGUCCGUUUCGCCCACCGUGGGGGCGAGAAGUUCGCAGCCGCCCCAGGUGCACGAAACCGUCGAUCUGAUACCAGGGCAAACGGCCGACGUUGCCACGGCGGUGAAAACCGAGCCCGUCUCCCCAUCCAAACCUGAAAAUUCCCAAACCUCCGAGUCCGCUCUUAAGAACGUCGAGCGUAUGGAAGUCGUGGACGAAGACGUUAAACCUUUAGUACAAAACAUAGAUUUAUGUUCAAGUGAUCCGCCGGUGACGAGCGAAUCGUCGAUAAAGACGAACGCAACGGCGAAAAAGAAGACGAUAAAGCUGAACAACAUCACGAACCAGUCGAACGAGAAGACCGGGGAGUCCCUGUUCAUGGGUAACUACCUCCAGAACCUGUCCUACGGCUACAACACGCUGCUGCACGUUUUCCAAUAUCUGAAAGUUCAGGAUCUACUGCGGGCCGGCUGCGUUUGUACUAUGUGGCGGGACAUCGCCAGUCAUCCUUCGCUGUGGCGCACCGUCAGGAUGAAGAAUUCGCAGGUGCAUUCGUUCGAAGGACUGGCGAACACCCUGCAGAAGCACGGAACUGCGCAGUUGGAUUUGCGCAAGAUGCUGCUGACCAACUGCGACGACAUUUGGCCGGAGUUUUCCAGCAAUAUAGGAAAGGUCGAUACAUUGAGAAAAAUCGAACUGUGCAGGUGUCCGGCGUCGGUGGUGGAGAACCUGACCGAAACCAACCCCAAACUGGAGGUGGUGAACGCCGUAACCAUAAGGUGCGAAACAAUGAACUUGGAGGGUCUGGACAAGUGGGAGAAUCUCCGAGAGCUGCGCCUCAAAUCGACCACCGGGUUGACGCUCAAAUCCGACAUAGAUUCCCUCAGAUCCCUGACGAAUCUCAAGAUCCUGUCGUUGACCUCUAUAAGAGACCUGAACACGAUGAAGUUGGAGGUGAUCGCGGAACUGACCAAUCUGGAAAGUCUGGACCUGGGAGAGUGCACCGAUUUCCCGGAGAACUUCGGGAAGGACAUCCUGUCGAAACUCGGGAAGCUCGAGAAGUUGAGGCUGGAGAAGGGGCAGGGGAACUGUCACACCUUCGAGAUCUUCGAGGCCGUUAAGGAUAUGGACCAGCUGGAACAGUUGGAACUGGUCAAUUUCGACAUAAAGGCGGGUUUCGACAAGGCCCUGGGCGCCUGUAAGAACAUCAAGAAACUGUUGAUCAUCCCGACUUACAUAUCUCAGAGCGCGACCACCAACCACAUGGUCCUGGGUGGUGUGUUGAGGCUGCAGAAGUCGUUGUCGCAUUUCGUAUGGGGCGUGACGCUGGAACUGCUGCGGGUGACGGAGUUGUUCGUCGAUCAGUGCGAGGAACCGGAUAAGAAGGAGAAGAAAGAGAAGAAGGAGAAGAAGGUUAUUGGGAACGGGGACAGCAUACCGGUCUUGAAACCCGUUCCCCUCAUUUCAGACGACAACAGCGAGAUACCGCCCGCGUUGGAUCCGCCCCAGGUGGAGAUACUGGCGCUGCCCGGACUCCAGAAGUUGCUGCUGCAGAGCCUGCCGUCGACGAGGGUGAAAAUACUUAAAAUACCCUUCCACGCCACCUGGCGGCAAACCAUCACCGAUGCCGUGAAUUGAUCAACGUCGAGGACGAAUCCGAAAUAUUUUUAUCCAUGAGAACGGAAUUUCCUAUCGAUGGGUCCAUCAGAAUUGAACCCUUCGAUGGGAAACACAAAGUGCUGUACAAAGAUCUAAUAACUACGCGAAAAUCGAUUAUGAAAAUGAGAAUGGAUGAGUGAUAUAUAAUUUCAAUUUCAUGGUGCAAGUCUCCGGAGAAUUUUUUAUUUCUUGACUCGUUUUUGAGGAUGCAAUUUUACGAAAAUGUUAAAUAUGGUUUUUACAGUGAGGCCCUUUCGAUAUAUCCCACAUUUAUUUUAUUCAUGAAACUUCUUGGGAACAUUGAACCAAUAAGAUAUAAAUAUUAUGUAUAGUCGACAACCAAAAUUGAUGUCUUGUACAAAUUUAUUAUUAGUAAGUAGAUGUAGGUAUAUGACAGGUUCUCGAGCGGAGCAUAUUUUUUUUUUUCCACUUUAAAUGUAAAAUAAUCGAUGUUGUAAUUAUAUUUUUCUUGAGUGUAUUUUCAAAUUGAGGAAGAUUGAAAUUUUUUUCGUGGUUAUUUGAGUUCUAAUAAUGUUGUAGUUAUAUUUACAGACUUUAAAUUAUGAAUUUUUUAAAUAAAAAAAAAAUUUAA